UGGGGAUUGGACGUGCUUCUUUGAUUUGGCUUCACGGUGGACUGACUGGAGAAAAAAUAAUAUUUCGUACCGAUUUUUGAGUCGGUGAACUAUGACUUGGGGUAUUUUUUGCAAGUAAAACUGGUGAUGGACGCUAACUGAUCGGGAUCUUGCCCCUUGCUUCCCUCGAACCGAGCGCAACACCGCGCCCUGCUUAGGAGAGUAUAACCUCCUUUCUCUCCCCUGUCCCCCUUUCCUUCCUCCCCUUUGACAGAAUGGCCCGGUUUGGAGACGACGUCCCGGGCUUGUUGAGCUCUGGGGAUGGAGGGUCCGAGCGCAACCGGACCCGCGAUGGAGCGGCCGUUUCCACAGGUGGGAUCUCCCCAGCCUUCAAGCAGACCAAAGCGCAGCGAGCCCGCACCAUGGCCCUGUACAAUCCCAUACCGGUCAGGGAGAACUGCUUCACGGUCAACAGGUCCCUCUUCAUCUUCGGCGAGGACAACGUGGUCAGGAAGUAUGCCAAGAAAAUCACUGAAUGGCCUCCGUUUGAGUACAUGAUCCUCACCACCAUCAUCGCCAACUGUAUCGUCCUGGCUCUUGAGCAGCACCUUCCUGGAGAGGACAAAACCCCAAUGUCCAAAAGGCUGGAGAAGACUGAGCCCUACUUCAUCGGUAUGUUCUGUUUAGAGGCUGGAAUAAAGAUAAUCGCUCUGGGCUUCGUAUUUCAUAAAGGCUCCUACCUCAGGAAUGGAUGGAACGUCAUGGACUUCAUUGUGGUCCUCAGUGGGAUCCUGGCAGCAGCAGGAGCACAUAUGAACAUCUCAGUUGACCUGAGGACCCUGAGGGCCGUACGAGUGCUCCGACCCCUCAAACUGGUCUCAGGCAUCCCCAGUCUGCAGAUUGUCUUGAAGUCUAUAAUGAAGGCCAUGGUUCCUCUGCUGCAAAUCGGCCUUCUGCUCUUUUUUGCAAUCCUCAUGUUCGCCAUCAUUGGCCUGGAGUUUUACAGCGGCAAACUGCACCAUACCUGCCAGCCACAGCCCGGAAUACUAGAAAAUGAGACGGUGGACUCCUCUGAGGUGGAGUUCCCGUGUGGCAUUCGUCAAUGUCCGCCUAAAUACACCUGCAACGAUAACUGGAUCGGCCCGAAUGACGGCAUCACGCAGUUUGACAACAUCCUGUUUGCUGUUCUCACAGUCUUCCAGUGCAUCACCAUGGAGGGGUGGACAACCGUACUCUACAAUGCUGAUGAUGCCUUGGGCCCCAACUGGAACUGGCUCUACUUCAUCCCUCUUAUCAUCAUCGGAUCUUUUUUUGUCCUGAAUCUGGUGCUGGGAGUCUUGUCUGGGGAAUUUGCCAAAGAGAGGGAGAGGGUGGAAAACCGCAGGGCCUUCAUGAAGCUGAGACGCCAACAGCAGAUUGAGAGAGAACUCAACGGCUACCGGGCCUGGAUCGACAGAGCAGAGGAAGUGAUGCUUGCAGAGGAGAAUAAGACUUCAGGACCUUCAGCCCUCGAUGUGUUAAAGAGAGCCACCACUAUCAAGAGGAGAGGGAUGGACGUGGUGCAUCGAGGGCAACCAGGGGAUGAACAGUAUGGUGACAUCUCCUCUGUGGGCAUCCCCAUGGCCAGAUCAAGUAUCAGGAGCGCCAAGCGGGGUCCAACAGCAUAUUUUCAUCGCAAAGAGCGUCUCCUGCGAAUUUCCAUCCGCCGUGUGGUGAAGACACAAACUUUCUACUGGACAGUGCUGGGCCUUGUGGCUCUCAACACACUGUGUGUGGCAAUUGUUCACCACAAUCAGCCUCUGUGGCUGUCCAACUUCCUCUACUAUGCAGAGUUCCUGUUCCUCGCUCUGUUCCUGACUGAAAUGUUUCUGAAGAUGUACAGCUUGGGGCCGCGUCUCUACUUCCACUCCUCCUUUAAUUGCUUUGACUGCAGUGUAAUUGUUGGCAGCAUCUUUGAAGUGCUGUGGGGGUUCUUCAGGCCCGGCACUUCCUUUGGCAUCAGUGUCCUGCGUGCUCUCCGUCUGCUGAGAAUCUUCAAGAUCACCAAGUACUGGGCGUCUCUGAGAAAUCUGGUCAUCUCUCUGAUGAACUCCAUGAAGUCCAUCAUCUCGCUCAUCUUCCUCCUCUUCCUGUUCAUCGUUGUCUUUGCACUCCUUGGCAUGCAGCUCUUCGGUGGCAGGUUCAUCUUUGAAGACUACACUCCGACAAACUUUGACACCUUCCCUGCAGCCAUCAUGACCGUCUUUCAGAUCUUGACUGGAGAGGACUGGAACGAGGUUAUGUACAACGGUAUUCGCUCUCAAGGAGGAGUGAAGUCUGGCAUGUGGUCCUCUAUCUACUUUAUUGUGCUCACACUAUUUGGAAACUACACUCUGCUGAACGUCUUUUUGGCCAUUGCUGUGGAUAAUCUCGCCAAUGCACAAGAACUUACUAAGGAUGAAGAGGAAGCAGAGGCAGCGUUCAACCAAAAGCACGCUCUCCAGAAGGCAAAGGAGGUCGGACCGUUGUCCUCGUUCAUGUCGUCAGAGAGAGAGAGGAGAAAAAGGAUGACCAUGUCCGUGUGGGAGCAGAGGACCAGCCAGCUGCGGAGACACCGCCAGAUGUCCAGCCGAGAGAUCCUGUUCAACAGCCCGAGCGAGGAGAAGGACGGGCCGCCUGCUUCUGGACGGCCGCUGUCUCUACACCGCAAGGCCAUGGAGCACACCACUUCUGGGAGUUUGAAGCACCUCACAGAUCCCUCAGCCUCACCGAUAAAGAGUAAGGCGUUAGGCUCCUCCAUGUCUGUGGAUGCUGCCCUCUGUGGGGAUAUACCUGAGCCGCCAUUAUCGGUGCUGGUGCCAGAAUCAUUGGAUCCUACAAACGUGCCCCUUCCUGAUGCUUCCAUAUCCGGGGCCAUACCUGAAUCCCUCACAGAUAGUGGAAAACUGGAUGUAAACAAGAGUCACAACACCAUCAGUGAGCGCAGAAGCCCUAGACUGACUGGUGAGCGUCAACACAGGGCAGUAAAGAAGUUUCGACCUCCAGAUAACCUUGACAUGCUGACCCCUGAGAUAGGAGGUCACGGUGGGAUCAGAGGUAGGAGGCCUCACUAUGACCAUCAGACCGGCUCCAGAAGUCAGGGGUCUUCACCCGGGAAUGGAAGCCACUUGGCAAAUCUCCUGCUCAGCAGAGAGAGGAAGGGAAAUCUAGGGAACGAGGAGAAGGAAGCAGAGGUCAAAAAGGAGGAGGGGAAGUCCAUACCCGAGGAGAGCAGACAGGAAGAGAGAAGUGAAGAAGGACACACCGACUCUCCAGAAAACCAGACCCAAACGGGUGAUCUGUGUCCUCAGGCACAGGAAGAACCUCCACAGCAAUCAGAGCCGUCCCCUCCUGCCAUUCCAGAGACAAACAAGGAGGAGGAAGAAACCGACCAGGAGCACAAAAAAUGUCCGCUCAGCUCAAGCGUGAUAAUCGAAAUGGCCAAAGUUCAAUCGUCUCUGGAGCUCUCCACAAUCACAGUCAACAAUAAAGACCCUGAGACCUGUAAGUCAGAGAAGGAAGAAGCAGAGGAGACUGUGAACCCUGUGACUCCAGACAGCAUGUUCAUCUUCAAACCUGAUAACCCGGUGCGUCGAGCAUGUCACUACGUAGUCAACCUCAGGUACUUUGAAAUGUGCAUCCUGCUGGUCAUAGCUGCGAGCAGUAUAGCACUGGCUGCCGAGGACCCUGUAGCCACCUCCUCUGACUGGAAUAAGGUUCUGCGAUAUUUUGAUUAUGUUUUCACUGGAGUCUUCACAUUUGAAAUGGUUAUUAAGAUGAUUGACCAGGGUCUGAUCCUCCAUGAUGGCUCUUACUUCAGAGAUCUGUGGAACAUCCUAGACUUCAUCGUCGUGGUGGGAGCGUUGGUGGCCUUCGCCCUCUCCAAUGUGUUGGGAAACAGCAAAGGACGAGACAUAAAGACCAUCAAAUCUCUGAGAGUGUUACGAGUCCUCAGACCACUCAAGACCAUCAAGAGACUCCCGAAACUCAAGGCAGUGUUUGACUGUGUGGUGACGUCUCUGAAAAAUGUCUUCAACAUCCUGAUCGUCUAUAAGCUUUUUAUGUUCAUCUUUGCUGUCAUCGCCGUGCAGCUCUUCAAGGGGAAGUUUUUCUACUGUACCGACAGCUCCAAGACAACCGAGAAGGACUGCCAGGGUUACUACAUUGACUACGGAAAGGACAAGAAAGAGAUGAAGAGGAGAGACUGGAAGAGACACGAGUUUCACUACGACAACAUCGUCUGGGCUCUGCUCACUCUCUUCACUGUUUCAACAGGAGAGGGCUGGCCUCAGGUUCUGCAGCACUCAGUAGAUGUGACGGAGGAGGACAGAGGUCCGAGCCACGGCAACAGGAUGGAGAUGUCUAUCUUUUACGUCAUCUACUUUGUCGUCUUUCCUUUCUUCUUCGUCAACAUCUUCGUGGCUCUCAUCAUCAUCACCUUCCAGGAACAGGGGGAUAAGAUGAUGGAGGAGUGCAGCCUGGAAAAGAACGAGAGAGCAUGCAUAGACUUUGCCAUCAGUGCGAAGCCCCUGACCCGUUACAUGCCCCAAAACCGGCACACGUUCCAGUACCGCUUGUGGCAUUUCGUGGUGUCGCCCUCUUUUGAGUACACCGUCCUGGCCAUGAUCGCCCUCAACACCAUUGUACUGAUGAUGAAGUAUUACUCUGCCCCGCCGGCAUAUGAGGCUGUACUGAAGCACCUGAACACAGCCUUCACUGUUCUCUUCUCCAUUGAGUGUGUCCUUAAGAUCAUGGCAUUCGGCCUCUUGAACUACUUUCGAGACACGUGGAACAUUUUUGACUUCAUCACUGUUUUGGGGAGCAUCACAGAGAUUGUCGUGGAUUUGCAGUUUGUUGACACGUUCAACAUGAGCUUCUUGAAGCUGUUCCGAGCAGCUCGUCUCAUCAAAUUGCUGAGGCAGGGUUACACCAUCCGGAUCCUGCUGUGGACCUUUGUCCAGUCCUUUAAGGCUUUGCCCUACGUCUGCCUGCUCAUCGCCAUGCUCUUCUUCAUCUAUGCCAUCAUUGGCAUGCAGGUGUUUGGGAACAUAAAGCUGAAUGACAACACACACAUUACCCAGCACAACAACUUCAAGACCUUCUCUGGUGCUCUCAUGCUGCUGUUCAGGAGUGCCACGGGGGAGUCAUGGCAGGAGAUCAUGUUGUCAUGUCUGGGAGGACAGAAGUGUGAGAAAGACCCAGCAGUAACAACGCCUGACCAGGAGGGGGGCUGUGGCUCUGACUUCGCCUAUUUCUACUUUGUCUCAUUCAUCUUCUUCAGCUCUUUCCUGAUGCUGAACCUGUUUGUAGCUGUGAUCAUGGAUAACUUUGAGUAUUUAACGAGAGACUCUUCCAUCUUGGGUCCUCAUCACUUGGAUGAGUUUGUUCGGAUUUGGGGGGAGUAUGACCGUGCCGCCUGUGGUCGUAUCCAUUACACUGACAUGUAUGAGAUGUUGACCAACAUGUCGCCACCUCUAGGCCUGGGCAAGAAAUGCCCCUCCAAGUUGGCAUAUAAGAGACUUGUCCUGAUGAACAUGCCUGUGGAUGAGGACAUGUCCGUUCACUUCACCUCCACCCUCAUGGCCCUCAUUCGCACCGCCUUGGAGGUUAAGAUAGCCAGAGGAGGGGAGGAUAGAAAUCAGAUGGACCUGGACCUGCAGAAGGAGAUUGGUGUGAUUUGGCCUCAUCUCUCUCAGAAGUCAUUGGAGCUGCUGGUUCCCAUUAACAAAGCCAGUGACAUGACCAUUGGGAAGAUCUAUGCCGCCAUGAUGAUCAUGGACUACUACAAGCAGAGCAAGGCCAAGAAGCUGCGACAGCAACUGGAGGAGCAGAAACAUGCACCAAUGUUCCAGCGAAUGGAUGCUUCCUCUCUGCCUCAAGAAAUCCUAUGCAAUGCCAAAGCCCUUUCAUUCCUCAGGCACAGUGCGGGAUCUGCUCUCACCAGAGGAGGUUUUGUGGCUCUCAGUCCAAUUUCUCCACAAGAGAUGUUCCUGCAGCCAAUUUCUCACUCCAGGGAGGAAAGAGAGGAUGAGGAAGAGGAGGAGGAUGAUAGCUAUCGUUCACCCUACCACCCCUACCUCCACCCACAUCACCACCACCAUCAUUUGCACACACUGGUCCCUGAUGUCGUAAAGUAUAACCAAGUGAUGCAGCAGGCCGGGCAGGACCCAACAGAUAUUAAAUCCCCUCAGCGGACAGCUUCUAUCAGAGCAUCCUCCAUGCCCAGACUGGCUGUUGACCCACAGCCUGGGAUGUCAGCAGACAAUAAGCUGAUGAAGCGUUCCUUUUCCACCAUCGGAGACCAGUGCGUGAAUGGUCUCUGGCAGGAGCAGCACUCUCUGGAGAGAGUCAGCCCUGACGACUCGUACAGGCCUCGUCAGAGGAGCUACAGAGGUCCUAGAAUCAACCACAGAGAAACUAGCAUACAUGAAAGGGGACGAUCUAAGGAACGGCGCCACCUUCUGUCUCCUGAUGUGUCACGCUGCAACUCUGAGGAGCGCAGCCGGGAACCAUCACAUGAGAGGAGACAGUCCCGUUCACCGAGCGAAGGACGCAAACACACCUUACAGAGACAGGUGAACACAUCAGGCAGCCCUGCCCAGUCAGCCUCAGAGUCCGGUACUCCUCGUAAUCGGCGUCAGCUGCCACAGACGCCCUCUCGCCCAAGGCCGCACAUCUCCUACUCCCCUCUGUCCUGCCGAGCCAACACCUCUCCCCCACCAGCAAGCUCCUCUGAAGGACAGACCCAACCUCAACAGGGACCUGGUGGCUCCACAGAGACCUCACAGAGGGCUGACAAGGACAUCCCUCAGGAGUCAUCCAGAGGUCAGGUUUCAGGACCGAGCCACCCCUCUCCUCACCGCUACAUCUCAGAGCCCUACCUCCCAUUCCACGGGGACAUCAGUAGUGGAGAAGGAGGGGAUAAGCAGGACACGCUUACUUUUGAGAGUGCUAUGGCAACCAGCCUCGGGCGGGCCAACGCGACAUUCUCCGCCCCUCAGCUUAGACACUCCUGGCAGGUUCCUAACGGGCAUUUCCGGAAGCAAUUUGGCCAGGCGAGUCCGGCUGGAGCUAAAGAGUUGCUGAGUGACACAGACGAGGAUGACCGCUGCUAAAAAAAAAAAAAAAGAAAAAAAAAAACAGAUGGAGAGGAUGCAAAAGAGACUAGGCCCCUCGGGGGAUUUAGCUCCUCUGAGAACUUGUUUUCUCAGCAUCAGUAGCAAAACAUGCAGGACUUUACUGCUAUUUAUCUGAACACUUGGAUGAUUGUCUGCAAAGUUUUUUUGUGUGUUUGUUGUAGCUAAAGGGAAGCUACAUGUGGACUGUGUAGACUUGGGUGCCUGUUUACAUGUGUGUGUUCUCUUAACAGAGACAUUUUGCCAAAUCAAGACAACAGCAGAGACAGACUGGGUUCAAAGUUGAUCACUGCAGGCAAAAACAAGUGUUGCCAAGCCUUUCCAAGUGUGUUUUGAUGAUUGUUAUUUGAACAAAAUAUGAUAAAACAUUGAACCAAGGAGUCGCAACCUCUUGUUGAAUCCAAGAAACUGUUAAAAGUGCGUUUUGUUUAUGUGAACAUAGAGGUAGCAUGUACAAAUGUAAUACAAUGAAUGUAUUUUAGCUUUUAGUUCUAAUGAUCUGGUCUCUUGAGAGGGUUGCUGUUAGUCUUUACUAAGCAUAGUGUUAAAAGUAGCAUUGAAACAGGGGUUGAAUCGGAUUUUAAGAAUUUUCUAGUAGAUAAUUCCACACAGUUCUUGUUUACAAUAAGAGCAUCCACAUAGUUUAAGGGCAUUAUACUGUCAAUAGUCAAUAAAUAAUCAACACAGAAAACCAAGUUGCAGAACUUAAAGUGAGCAAGACCUCUGAUGAUAGUUGAGUAUUUUUGUGUCCAUUGAAAGUAAUGACGACGUACCUUAAAGUGAACCAGCACAGUGCAGGUCUAUGUUGAUUUUGUGUUGUGAAAAAAGAUCAUUUAAGAUGUUGAACAGAUUUCAGAAUAGGUGAUGUUUUGUCUCAGGGGACUGGCCUGUUGGGUUUAUUAUGUAUUUGCUUCUUAAAUCUUCCAAAAACAUGUAAAUCAAAGUGAAGACUUAAAAUAUCUGAAGCAUUAGAAGUGUCUCUUCAACCUUCAGAUCAGUCAAUAUGGUAUUUACAUGAAAAGGUCUUCAUCGACAAACAUCAGCCUGUAGGAAAGACAACUUAAAUGUCCUGAAAUGGAUGUUCAAUCCUCAUACUCGUGUGCUGGUUAGAUGUUGAUGUGGGGCCAGAGAGGUGACUAAAGCCAUUUUCUUACAGAACACAGAGGGAUGUGUCUUCUUCCAGAAGUGUUGCCUUCUUCCAUGUGAUGCAACAUUGAUUAGGACACAGCACAGUAUGGUUUAUCCAUAAACUGUUUUAUAAAGAUAAGCAUCAAUAUUUACAUGACUGAUUGGACGCAUUGUAAAUUCUCCGUCCUGGUUGACAGGCUGCCCUUAUGAAUACCUUGCUUGACUUUACUCUAAAUGGGAUCAUUAUUUACAAAAAAAGUAAGCAAUUGAGGCUGUAAACUUACAAGAAAAUGUAUAUUGAGGUAUUGAUUAAGAUAGAAAUAGGGAGAUUUUCUCAUCUGCUUCCAUUCAUUUGGAUUUCUUUAAGCAACCAGUUGAGUCCCCUGCUGGCCGUUAUAAGAAUGUAGUUGUUAAGCACUUCCACUUCCCUUUUUAAACCAGAGGUGAAGCAUCUUUUUUUACACAGUCUAUGGGUUUGUCCAUAUGUUAUCAGCUACAUUGUGUCUGUCAAAUUGAAGCCUUUCUUUUGGUCAGUAGAAACAUGCAUGAUCAUUUUCAAACAGCAGCCAUUUUUCUUCGAUGUCCAUCUCUGGACUGGAAGCUGAAUUCCUGCUAUAAAAAGAACUGCUAUUGAAAGUUGUAUUAAUUAACCUUACCUGAAAAAAAUCAUCUCUGCAUCUCUUUUCUAUCGAUCAUCGACUUAAAAGACAGUGAAUAGAAAAAUGUGGAGAAAAUCUGGUUAUGGUUCAAGUUCUAAAAAACGUAUUAUAUAACCCAAAGCUAUGAGACAAUAGCUAAUGCUAGCAUUCAGCCACCUACCUAACAUGAGCUAGCUAUUAUUAUCAUUAUUACAGUUAGCGAGGAUGUGGCUGAAAGCUAAUAUGAUUUUUGGUAGUGUACAGUAGAAAAAGGCUUCAGUUCCAAGAUGACAAAAUGGCAGCAGGAAUUUACAUCCCGCAUGCUUAAUGUUUGCUAGUAGCUGGCUGCUAGCUAGCUAGCAAUAACUUUGGUCUAAUGUAGCUGAGGGGUUAUCAAAUAUGUUAUUUAACUUUACAAUAUGACCCAAUGUCCCUCCAGGUUUUCUCUAGAUUAUAUGUUGUCUUUGGAAUUGCUCAUUUAUCAGGGAAGCGAUAAAAUGCUAAUGAUUGACAGAUUAAAUGACAACUUGGACACUGAAUUAUAGUAGCUGGAAACACUGGAAACACUGGUAUACAGCUUUUCACCCUGAGAGAGCUGAAACAGGCUGCUAUGUUAUUAUGGUGAGUUACAGUGUUUUCUGAGCUCCAGAAUUAUGUAUUUUAACCUGCAUGAACAUGAUGUCAGUGAUAAUGAUAGAUGUGUGAGUCAGAUGUGUCUAAAAGCUGCCUAUUUUCCUUUUUUUAAUGUUUCAAUCAUUUUCAAUGGAAUUUAAAAAAGCCCUUUUACCAACACGGUAAUGAUGAAACAGUAGGCAGAGAAAAGUUCAUGUGUUUCAGUCCCAGCAUUCACUAUUAAUAUCUUUUGACAUUUCAACUUUUUCCCUAAUUUUUCCUCCCUAAAUGAGAUGUAUAUCUAAAUCAUGUGCUGUAGUGUUAGUGUAAUCUGUUGAGUUUGACAUGUUUAUAAAAUGUGAACACAGGACAAAUCUAAACAGAGGAUGAACAGGUUAGAAGAGGUAAACCUCCCCCUCUGGAGUCCCAGAAUCAGAAAGUCCUGGACUGAAAUUAAGUUACUUUAGCACAGAAUCCUCCUUUUACACGUGUUGACUGAAGGUUCGAUUGCUGGAGUAUACAGGUCAUGUUUAGGCUCCAGCCUGUAGUUUAUAGAACUGUGCUCAACAAUUACAGAGCAGCCUAGGACUUAACCUUGAUGUCUUUACAGAACAGCCUGAUCUGUGCCUGAGGAAACUCACCCAAAGAGUUCCUUGCCUAGACUGGAUUUCAUAGUUAGAGAAGCUUCCUGGUUCAAAAAAACAAACAGUGAAAAUAAAGUAGUGUUAACUCUACAAAAUAAAUCCUUGUGUCACUUAUUGCACCGAUUAUAUAUUUUUUUUGUUUGAAUCAAGAUGCCUGUCCAUGACUUUAACAAGUGUUUACAUAUCUGUUCAAAGGACCAUUAAAGAGAGCUCACUUGA